AUGCCACGUAAGCUACGUAAGAAUAUACGUAAGAGGAAGGGAGCAUUGAAACAUCCAAUAGUAAAACUGACACCACAACAACAGUUGCAACAACAAAUGAUGAAUGACCCCACUAUGUUGCAACAAAUGUCAAGCAACCCUAUGCUUUUAAACCGAGUUAUUGGUGCACAGAGUGGAGGUUUAAGAGCGGCACUUUUAGCGAAAAUGGCAGGCUAUGGUGGAGCUGCAGACGGAACAGCUUAUAACCCUCAAAGUCAAAUGAAUUUGAGUUCACUCAAAAAUCAAAUAACAGAUGUCAAAAAGUCAAACAUAGACAUACAGAAACAAAUAAGUGAAAACGAAAAGAAACUAGAAUAUGACAGACAGACAAAGAAACUAAAUGAGUUAAACGUAGAGAAAAAGAAGAAAGAAGAACAACUGAAAGAACUAAGUACAGAGG